AUGAAGGUGCACACCUUUGGUGGGGUGUGGAGCCCUUCAUGUGCAACUUACGCUCUCCGGUGCACAUUCCAAGACCACAGAUCCGAGUUUCCCGACAUGGUGGCGCAAGCGGAAGUCAACUUCUACGUUGACGACCUGCUCAUGUCGCUGGACUCAUCAAAUGAAGCAUCAAUGUUAGCGUGUCAGCUUCGAAGACUGUUGUGUGAAUGCAGGUGUCGAUUAGGGUGGGACGAACCUUUGUCGGCUGUUAAUCACACGACCUGGAGCACCUGGCUAGGAGAACUGGCCCACCUAGGGAAAUUAAGGGUACCCAGAUGCCUAAUAACAGCAUGUGCUAAAGAAAUCAUCUCAGCACAGUUGCACACCUUCUGCGAUGCAUCGCAGGCUGCUUACGGUGCGGUGACCUAUCCGAGAAUGGUAGACUCUGGCGGAAGUAUCCAGUGCUCUUUCGUGUACGGACGGGCCAAGCUGGCCCCACUCAAGCAACUAACAAUACCAAGGCUGGAACUUUGUGCAGCUGUCCUGGCAGUGAACGCUGAUCGAACGAUUCGCCGAGAAAUGACCAUGACCAUACACGAAUCUUAUUUUUGGACGGAUAGCAUGCUAGUCUUGCAGUACAUCGCCAAUUCGAGCAGACGAUUUCAAACGUUUGUAGCCAACAGGAUAGCAGUCAUACAAGAGCUGUCAAGAACUGAUCAGUGGAGACAUGUCGGCACAUCGCUGAACCCAGCAGAUGAUGCAACGAGGGGAUUACCUGUCCUGGACCUGGUUGCAGGAUCUCGGUGGAUACGAGGUCCUGACAUUCUACUCAGUGUUGAAGAACGGUGGCCAAAGGGAAAGGAACUGCCAGCAGUUCUGAACGACUUACUGGAGGUGAAACGAGAAGUACACCAGAGAUCUGUAGUUGCUCUGGCAGUGAGCGAGCAGUCAAAGUGGUCCCUCGCCAAACUGUGGCUCAGGUACUCAUCAUGUUACCGCUUGGUGAAAGGGUUGGCAUGGAUUAAAAAGUUCAUUUGGUGGCUUGGGUCCAGUACAAGGACCGCAGACCUGCGCCUCAAAGUGAAGAGGCUAAGCACUGAGGAACUACAGUCGGCUGAGCAGACAAUUAUAAAAUUGGUACAGAAAGAGGCUUAUGAGAAAGAAAUCCAAACUCUCAUAAAGGGUGAGCUGCCGAAGGACAAUAAGCUAUAUAAACUGGAACCUUACUUGGACGAACUAACGUUGCUCAGAUCAAAGGGAAGAAUUAAAGGAACCCUUCUUGGGCGAAGUGGUGAGGAGCCAUUCUUGCUGCCUAGAGACCACCACAUCACCGAAAUCAUGGUGCGGGAGAUGCACGAAGAGAGAGCCGGACAUGCCGGACGAGAACACACGAUGUCGUGUGUGAGGCAAAGGUAUUGCAUUCCCCAGGGCAGACGCUUGCUUGAUAGAAUCAUACAACGCUGUGUAGUGUGCCGACGGAACAACUGGAGAAGUCGGCAUCAAAGGCAAGCUGACUUACCAAUAGAUCGUGUCACUCCUGGAAAGGCUCCAUUUGCUUAUAUUGGAACGGACUGUUUUGAUCCAUUCACUUUCAAGGUAGGAAGGAAGCAGGUUAAGCGCUGGGGAUAUCUGUUUACAUGUCUAACUAUUAGGGCUGUUCAUCUAGAAGUCUUGGCCUCAUUAGACGCAGAUGCCUUCCUCAACGCAAUAACAAGGUUCUCACGACGCAGAUUUACACCAGAGCGUAUUAGGUCGGAUAAUGGGACAAACAUGGUACGGGCAGCCAAAGAGCUCAAACUGGCAGUGAAAAGUUGGGAGCAAGAUGACAGACUCAGAGGUGCCUUACUUAAAGUAGAUAUUGACUGGGUCUUCACUCCACCAGCUGCCCCAUACAUGGGUGGAGUGUGGGAAAGGCAGAUUCGCGCAGUAAAGAAGGUUUUGGAGGCGAUUGUUUGCUCACAAGUUUUAGACGAUGAACGUCUGCAAACACUGUUCUGUGAAGUGGAAGCCAUAGUUAACGAGAUGCCAAUCAUCCCGGUUCCAAACACUCCAAAUGAACUAAAGGCUCUCACUCCUGCUGAUCUUUUGCACUUAAGUCAAAGGGGUAAUCUUCCCUUAGGUGGAAGGUCAAUAGGCGAAUCAUACCACAGAAGGUGGAAGCAUGUCCAGUACCUUGCAGAUCAAUUUUGGAAGCGCUGGCUGUCGGAGCACCUCCCUCAACUCAGAACUCGACAAGUGCAUUUCAGACCACGGCGCAACUUUCGCCCUGGUGACCUAAUCAUUAUAGCAGAAGCAAAUAGUCCACGCAACAAAUGGCACCUUGGUCGAGUGAUGGAAGUCAAGGCUGGAGAGGAUGGACUUGUCCGACAGGCAGUGGUUAAGACGACGACGUCCACAAUGUUGCGACCUGUGACAAAAUUAUGCUUGUUGGAGGGAGCAAUGGAAAGGGUUGACGGAGUCGGCCAGGAGAAUGAAUUGGGUAUCCACACAUGA